GGCAUCUGCGUGUUUGUGCCUGUUCUGACCCAGACACCGGCACCGGCACCGGCACCGGCACCGGCCGGAGCAGCUCGUCUGCCGCCGAACGCACGGUUGGACCCCGGGAGGCCGCCGGACACGCGCUUCACCACUUCCACUCGCAAUGAAGCAGAGGGAGUGUCUGCAGUCAGAAGAGCUUUCCCCUCCUCUCCCAAACAUCCCAUUCAUUACAGAAGCCACUUCAGCAGCUGCCUCGUCUUCCUCAACAUCUGGACUAACACCGGAAACUUUCCAUGGAGAUGAGCCGGAACCAGGAGGCAGAGGACGAGAUGUGUUUUCACAGAACUCCUUCUCUCCGACGUAAAUGGAGGAAACGUUACGGCGGCCUGGACGGCAACAAGCUGCUGGAGCCCAGUGAAGAUGCUGACGUGAAAGAUGAUGGACGGGUAUCAGCCCAGACUCAGCCGAGGAACCCAGAGAACCAGGAGGCGGCUCCCCUUCCGGCUCCCAGGAGUCUGAUCCAGAGCCCAGUCCAGAAGCCCGUCAGCCUGGUCAGCCCAGGACCUGCAGCGCUCCCAGUGUCGGUCAUCAACGGGUGUCUGAAGCCUCCACUGCCUCAGGCCGUGGUCCGGCCAGAGGACAGGAGCUGCCCCCCCCCCCAGCCCUGGGCCCCACCUCAGCAGAGUCCGUCCAAACGCAGGGCAGCUGCUGAUGUGCUGUUUGACAGCUUCGCCUCCGACGGACGACUCAGAGUCAACCGCUUCUUUGAGAGCAUCUGGAGCUCGGGUCUGCACCGGUCCGACCCUCGGCUCAGGGAGUGUUUCUUCCAUCUGAGGAAGCUGCAGGACGCCGAGGGAUCCGUGGACAGAAGCACCUUCCACAGAUGUGUGACAGGAUUCGUUUCCCUCGUGCUGAAAGCUCUGCAGGGACGGUUUGUGAUUCCAGAUUUCGCCACCUUCACUGAGGAGACUCAGAAGUUGUUCUCCAGGUGUCGGCAGCUGUCUUCUGUGCAGGAUACCGAGCGAGACGACGUGGUCGGCACUAAGUGGGGCGUGUCCAUCUGCACCGUGGACGGACAGAGGCUGUCUCUGGGGGACUGGGCCGGGCCUGUGGUUCUGGGUGAGUUGUCGUGGCCGCUGGUGUACGGCGUGGCCGUGGACCUGCUGGGUUCGGACCUGGUCCACAGAUACGUCGGCAUGGAGGAGUUCUCCAGACACCAGUCUCCCUUCAGCCUCAGUAAAGCAGGCAUCCCUCACAGCCCUCUGACCGAGACGGGAGCCGUCGUUGCUGCGUCUCUGCUGCAGCUGGGGGGCAGGAUGUGUGCGGAGGAGGAGAAGUUUGACUCUUUGCUGAACGUGAUCCGAAGACUUUGCAACAAAGAGCACGUGAGCCUGAACGGCACCAGCUCCCGGAGCGCUCUGUCCAGGCUCCACGCGCUGUCCUUCUACCUGCAGGAGAGGAAGUGUUUUCCAGAGAAGGUGGACGUCACUGCUGCUGUGGACCUGCUGCUGCAGUGCUGCUCAGCGGAGGUGAGCUGUGAGUGCGGCGCCGCCAUGGCUGCGUCUCUGGCCAACGGGGGUCUGUGUCCGCUGUCAGGAGACCAGGUGCUGUCCCCGGCAUCCACUCGGAGCAUGCUGUCCAUGAUGCAGGUGGCGGGGCUGAAGGAUUACUCCAGCGCCUUCCACUACAAGGCGUCCGUGCCUGCCGUGUCCAGCAGCCACGGCUCCCUGCUCGCUGUGGUCCCUGGCGUUUUGGGCCUGAUGGCGUUUUCUCCAGAGCUCGAUGCCUGUGGAAACCCCUGGAGGGCGGUUCACUUCUGCCAGGAGCUGGUUUCUGUCUUUCAGCUGCACAUGUUUGACAUCAGGACUCCGUUCAGGCAGAUUCUGGCCUACAGACAGUGGAAGGCUGAAUCCGAGGGCUAUCAGAUCAUGAACGUUCUGCUUGCAGCUUUCAAAGGCGACGUUCGGUCCCUGAGGAGGUACUUCCUGUCUGGACUGGAUGUAAACGCCGUGGACUACGAUGGCCGGUCGGCUCUGCACGUGGCGGCGGCUGAAGGUCACACUGAGGUCAUCCGCUUCCUGCUAGAGAACGCUGGCGCAAAUCCUGCCCUCAAGGACAGGUGGGGGAGCUCUCCGCUGCAGGAGGCGCGCAGGCACAACAAGGAAGCUGCAGUUCAGCUGCUGCAGGAAUAACUGAUCCCUGAUCAGUUCAUGGAAUGAUUAUAGAAAAAUUCAGUUCGACAGAGGAUUAAUACAAGAACCUAAUUAACCACCAGGUAUUUUGACAAUAAUAAGCAUUAUUUGUUCGGUUUUAUUUCUGAGAGAUGACUGUGCUAUUUCUAAUAUCGAACCACACACCAGUUCUGCUGAUCUGGGGUCAGUGAUCCCUUGGAUGUUUUGUCUUUUUAACAGGUUUUCUAGCUAGCUAAAGUGCUUUGAGAUAACUUCUGUUGUGAAUUGGUGCUUAAUGAAUAAAACUGAAUUAAACAGA